GGAAGAGGAGGAGGAGGCUUUUCCUCGCCCGCCCCCUGCCCAGCGCCCGUGCGCGCGCCAGGGCACGCCAGAGCGGCGACUGGGGAACGGCCGACCUGAUCCGCACGGAGCUGAAGCAGGCGGGCUGCGAGAUUGACGACAAGGGCAAGACCUGGCGCACCUCCGACGGCAGGAGCGGCCUGGUGCCCGCGUGGACGGGCGCCGCCGCUUCCGCAGGCGCCAUAGGCGCCACGAGCCACUUCGCCCCGAAGCCGCCCGCGCACGCGGCGCACGCGGCGAGCACCACCACGAUCCAGACCCAGCUGCUGCAGGCCGCGCUGGUGGCCGCGCAGAACCCGGCCACGGCGGCGCGAACGCUCCAGGUGCUCCAGCAGGCAGCCGGCGGGGGCGGCGGCGGCGGAUUUGGCGGGUACGCCCCGCAGAGCUACCCGGCGGCCAGCUCCAUGGCCGUGAACCACAGCCGCGCGAGGGCGCCCCCCGCACCCAUGAGGGGUAGCGUCAGCGCUAACCCGGACAUCCACAGGGCCCUUGCCACCAUGAGGGAGAUCAAG